UUGUGAUUAAUGUAUUAUAGCUUUCUAGAGAUUGUACUCGUGUGGACUACCCUCUCCCUGGAUAUGGUGGAUAUCGUUGUCUUUGGAGAACCUUGAGAGCCCAUGGGCAUCUUCACAUCAGACACAUUCAACCGUGAUGGCUGUGGGAUCCACAAUGCCCAGACCCCUUACACUGGUCCUCGUUCAUCUGACCCUCGUGAGCAGUGCCAAACUCUGUCCGUCGCAGUGCUUCUGUUAUGACUCGGCCGAGCUCGUCGACUGUAGGGCGCGCGGCUUUACGCACGUUCCACACGGCAUUCCACAUGGCUCGUGGUUGCUGGACCUGAGCGGGAAUGCUAUCCCGGAGCUGCGGACUCGCUCCUUCACCGGGGUGUGGGCGCUCAAGGUCCUCCUGCUAUCAAACUGCGGGAUUAAAGUCAUGCAAUCAAACGCUCUGACGUCGCUGUCCUUCCUGGAGAAGCUGGACCUGAGCGGUAACGAGCUGGAGUACCUGCCGGCCGACUUCUCAGACGGCUUCGGGUCGCUCCGGGACCUGCGGCUGGCCAACAACUCACUGGGCCACCUGAGCGUGUCUGCCUUCCAGGGCUUGGAGAGCCUGCAGAGGCUGGACCUCAGCAACAACCAGAUUCAGGUCCUGGAGCCUGGCCUCCUGCGGUCCCUGUCGAGCCUGCGCUACCUGAACCUGCGCUGGAACCAGCUGAGUGAGGUGCGAGUGGGCAUGCUCACCAUGCAGCAGGGGCUGGCCAUGCUACUACUGGACCACAACAACGUCACGCACAUCGACCCCGAGGCCUUCGCACCCCUCAGGGGACUCACCCUGCUCAGCCUGCAGGGUAACCAGCUGUGGAGCCUGAACUUCAAGACCUUCCUGAGCCUGCAGACGCCCGGCACGCACCUGCAGCUGUCGGCAAACCCCUGGGUGUGUGACUGCGAACUGCACCGCGUCUUCGCCAAGAUCCUGCACGUACGGCGCCUCCAUGUGGACGACUACUGGAACAUCACCUGCUGGGCACCUCCGGUACUGGCCGGGGCUUCACUGGCAUACAUGGACAGUCAGCUGUGCAUGGCUGAGACGGCCACGGUGCUGGUGAUCAGUUCCACGGUGCUGGUGACGGUGCUGGCGGCGAUGGCCAUGGCCGAGAGGAAGAGGAAGAUGAGGAAGAGCGAGGCGCAGCAGGGCAAGCGGAAGCAGUCCGCAUACGCCUUGCCUACCGACACUGACAACGACGGGACAGGGAACUAAACC